CGUGCGGCCUGUAUAAGUAGCCGGUCGUUUCCCGUGCGCCCCUGUGCUCGCCUCCUACCUGUCUUUCCCGCUGCUCUUGGCCGCUUGUGUUGCCCUCGCUAUGCCUGAACCGGCCAAGUCCGCUCCGGCUCCCAAGAAGGGCUCCAAGAAGGCCGUCACCAAGGCGCAGAAGAAGGACGGCAAGAAGCGCAAGCGCAGCCGCAAGGAGAGCUACUCCAUCUACGUGUACAAGGUGCUGAAGCAGGUGCACCCCGACACCGGCAUCUCGUCCAAGGCCAUGGGCAUCAUGAACUCCUUCGUCAACGACAUCUUCGAGCGCAUCGCCGGCGAGGCGUCCCGCCUGGCGCAUUACAACAAGCGCUCGACCAUCACGUCCCGGGAGAUCCAGACGGCCGUGCGCCUGCUGCUGCCCGGCGAGCUGGCCAAGCACGCCGUGUCCGAGGGCACCAAGGCCGUCACCAAGUACACCAGCUCCAAAUGAGUCCCGCCUGCACUUGGCACCCUAAAGGCUCUUUUCAGAGCCACCCACCUUCUCAGUGAAGAUGCUGUCCUUCCUUAGUCCCACCUGUUUCAUGCUUUUCCUGUCACUUGCACUCCCCAGUCCUGAGUCACUGAUCCCCUCACUUCUUUCUUUUGCCCAGAAUUGUUUGUGACUCUGAAAUAUAAAAUCAGGUUCAUUUAUUACCUUC